UCUGGCGAUGCUGCAGGCUACGCCUUGUACAGCUUCGUGGGCAACUUGUGUAGUGCCGUGGGGGCCACACUUUCAAAGCAGUUAAAAUUUCAGAUCGCAGUGGCUGCAUUUAUGGUGGCUUUGGAUAUUGUCAAUUUCAUUUCAAUUAUUUCCCCUUUUUGUCUGUGCUUCAAGUCAAAAAAAGGAAAGAGACUGAGAAUAGUGUCUAAGAGGAGGAGGCAGAAUCUCCUGGCUGCUUCCUUUCUGUUCAUCAUGGGUGGGGGAGUUUAUAUGGGAAUGAGUGCCCAGCACCUGCCAACGGACAAACCUCCCAGCAGGAGGAAACUCCUCGGCGUUUUCUUAAAUCAUCAUGCGGAGUUCUUGGGCUAUGCACUGGGACUGCUGUCAUUUGCCAUUAACUGGACUGCACGCUUUCCAUCCUUCCUCAAAGCACGGAGAGGGGAGAUGAAUUCUGCUGUCCAUAUGUCCUCUGGGGUCCUGUGUGUUUUGGCUGGAGCCCUCUAUUCCACAGCCGUAGUGCUCCAUGACCAGCAGCUGGGCUUCAUUCUGCGGGCCAUGCCAUGGCUGCUGGCUGCAGCCUGCUGUGCUGUCCUGGAUCUCUCUGUAUCCUUCUUAAAAACAACCUGUGGGUGUCUCGCUGAACUCACUUACCCUCCAAGUGUGUACGACGUCCAUCAGAAACCUCCAUAUGUUAGGCCCUUAGGCUCAGAGAUGGAGUCUCUGCUGAGGAAUUCCAGUCACUGUGCCAAGAAUAAACCCAAAGGAAAAGCCAUUAAUAAGCCAUUAGCACAGAGUAAUACAUACAAAAUGACAGAUAUGGGCCAGUACAUGGAUGUGAACGUUCAGCCUGGGAGAAAGGUGUGUUUAAAGGAGGUGCGGAUCUCCCAGGACGGUCAGUUGGCCUGUCAGACGGUGAAGAGGACAGAAAGGGUGAUUAGGGUGGAUGGACCUUAUUCCUCCAACAGCUCUUCAGACACCUCCACCCUCAACUCUGAACUGGAGUGGGACUUUGAGGAGGCAAAUCAGCAGUGGAUUAAAAACAACAAAGUCUCUCGAGACGCGGAGCCAGCGGAAGCGUUCCCUUUGCAGGAGUGGGUGACCAGUCCCCAGGCGGAGGCUGAUCCUAGGUCUGGCUCUCACAUCUGCCUGUGCAACCGUGCCAGACUAGCUGAGAGGAUGGUCUCUAGAGAACCACUUGACCUGAGCUUGACUGUUUCUGAUUCUGCUAAGUAA